CAGUUUUCUGUGCUCUUUUCUCACAACAACAUUUUCACUAUUCUUUCAUCACUUUCUCUCUCUAAAAACCUUAGUAAUUUAUAGUGAGAGAAACAAACCUUCGUUUUCUCUCACUCUUUCACUCAACUCUUCAAAUACCUAAAAUUCCAAACACCGUUUUCGAUUAUCUUUUUGUUCUAAGCUUUCAACAUGGUCAGGAAGAGGAGAACUGAUGGACCCAGUGGUGCUGAAGGUUCUGAAGGUCAGCAGAGGACUUCGCCUCCUCAACAGCAAGGUGCUGUAACUGGUGGUGCUGGAUAUCAGGGAGGCGGAGGACCUCAAGGAGGUCGUGGCUAUGCUCCCCAGGGUGGUCGUGGCGAUUAUGGUGGUGGCCGCGGUGAUUAUGGCGGUGGUCGUGGAGACUAUGGAGGUGGGCGUGGUGACUAUGGUGGCGGACGAGGUGCUUAUGGUGGUGGUGGACGAGGUGGCCGUGGGAUGCCCCAACAACAGUAUGGGGGGCCUCCGAGGGGAGGACCUCCUCAACAACAACAGCAGUACGGUGGACCUCCGGAAUAUCAAGGAAGGGGUAGAGGACCUUCUCAACAGCCAGGUGGCCGUGGGUACGGUGGUGGAAGAGGUGGAUAUAGCGGUGGUGUUGGUGCUGGUGCUGGCCAUGAUGUUGUUUCAUCCUAUGGAGGCCCACCAAGGCAACCCUCAUACCCCGAGCUGCACCAAGCAACCCCUGUAUCUUCUGCUCCCUACCAAGUCCCUGUGUUGCCUCCAGCUGCAUCCCAUUCCGAGGCUAGUUCUUCUCAGCCACCAGAAGUGACUGAAGUGGAGCAGGAUUUGGGACAGUUGACAAUCCAGUCAGAUGAGACUCCUGCUCCUCCUCCUCCUCCUCAAAGUAAAUCCUCACUGAGGUUUCCCCUUCGUCCUGGAAAAGGGAGCUACGGUAGGAAAACUUUAGUGAAGGCAAACCAUUUCUUUGCUGAGUUGCCUAAGAAGGAUCUUCAUCAGUAUGAUGUUACAAUUACUCCUGAAGUUACAUCUAGAGGGGUUAACCGUGCUGUUAUGGAGCAGCUUGUAAGGCUGUACCGUGAUUCUCACCUUGGAAAGAGGCUUCCUGCUUACGAUGGCCGUAAGAGUCUCUAUACUGCUGGACCGCUUCCUUUUAUUUCAAAGGACUUCAGAAUCACCCUUGUUGAUGAAGAUGAUGGAUCUGGUGGACAGAGGAGGGACAGGGAGUUCAAAGUUGUGAUUAAAUUGGCUGCACGUGCUGACCUUCACCACCUGGGACUCUUUUUGGAGGGGAGGCAAACUGAUGCGCCUCAGGAAGCUCUGCAGGUUCUUGACAUUGUUCUCCGGGAGCUUCCUACCUCCAGGUAUUGUCCAGUGGGAAGAUCCUUUUAUUCACCUGAUCUAGGUAGAAGGCAGCCUUUAGGUGAGGGAUUGGAAAGUUGGCGUGGUUUCUACCAAAGCAUUCGUCCUACUCAAAUGGGACUAUCUCUGAACAUUGAUAUGUCGUCAACGGCUUUCAUUGAGCCAUUACCUGUCAUUGAGUUCGUUACCCAGUUGCUUAACAGGGAUGUCUCUGCCAGGCCUUUGUCUGAUGCUGAUAGAGUGAAGAUCAAAAAGGCACUUCGUGGUAUCAAAGUUGAAGUCACACAUCGUGGCAAUAUGAGGAGAAAAUAUCGCAUUGCUGGUCUGACUUCCCAAGCUACCAGAGAAUUAACAUUCCCUGUGGAUGAGAGGGGUACCAUGAAGUCUGUUGUGGAGUAUUUCUUUGAGACGUAUGGUUUUGUCAUUCAACAUACUCAGUGGCCUUGUUUGCAAGUUGGAAACCCACAGAGGCCUAAUUACCUCCCAAUGGAGGUCUGCAAGAUUGUGGAGGGCCAAAGGUACUCCAAAAGACUUAAUGAGAGGCAGAUUACAGCCUUGCUCAAGGUUACUUGUCAGCGUCCCCUUGACAGAGAGCGGGACAUUAUGCAGACAGUACAUCACAAUGCCUACCACGAAGAUCCCUAUGCUAAGGAGUUUGGAAUUAAAAUCAGUGAUCGGCUUGCUCAAGUGGAAGCUCGCAUCCUUCCUGCACCUUGGCUCAAAUAUAAUGAUACAGGUAGAGAAAAGGAUUGUCUACCCCAAGUUGGCCAGUGGAAUAUGAUGAACAAGAAAAUGUUCAAUGGUGGAUCGGUUAAAUACUGGUUAUGUGUUAACUUUUCAAGGACUGUGCAAGAUAGUGUUGCACGUGGCUUCUGCUAUGAGCUUGCCCAGAUGUGUUAUGUAUCUGGCAUGGAGUUUAAUGCAGAGCCAGUAGUUCCUGCUCUUACUGCUCGUCCUGACCAAGUAGAGAAAGUUCUUAAAAAUCGGUAUCAUGAUGCGAAGAGCAAGAUGCCUAAAGACAAAGAGCUUGACCUGCUCAUUGUUAUAUUGCCUGAUAAUAAUGGCUCUCUCUAUGGUGACCUUAAAAGGAUAUGUGAGACUGACUUGGGGGUUGUUUCCCAGUGCUGUUUAACUAAACAUGUCUUUAAGAUGAGCAAGCAGUACCUUGCAAAUGUUGCUUUGAAAAUCAAUGUGAAGGUUGGGGGUAGGAAUACAGUGCUUGUUGAUGCACUUUCUCGACGCAUUCCACUUGUUAGUGACAGGCCUACAAUCAUUUUUGGUGCUGAUGUUACUCAUCCACACCCUGGAGAGGAUUCAAGCCCAUCAAUAGCAGCUGUUGUUGCUUCUCAAGAUUGGCCCGAAAUUACCAAGUAUGCUGGUUUGGUUUGUGCCCAAGCACAUCGCCAAGAGCUCAUUCAAGAUCUUUUCAAACAAUGGCAAGAUCCAGUCAGGGGGACAUUGACCGGUGGAAUGAUCAAGGAGCUUCUUAUAUCUUUCCGUAGAGCUACUGGACAAAAGCCCCAGCGCAUCAUCUUUUACAGAGAUGGAGUGAGCGAGGGACAAUUUUACCAGGUGCUGUUGUUUGAGCUUGAUGCGAUCCGGAAGGCUUGUGCAUCCCUUGAACCCAACUAUCAGCCUCCUGUGACUUUUGUUGUGGUUCAAAAACGUCAUCAUACUAGGCUCUUUGCUAGUAACCACCAAGACAAGAGCUCUGUUGAUCGGAGUGGCAAUAUAUUGCCUGGUACUGUUGUGGAUUCUAAGAUCUGCCAUCCCACAGAAUUUGACUUUUAUCUUUGCAGCCAUGCUGGAAUUCAGGGCACAAGCCGUCCCGCUCACUAUCAUGUGCUGUGGGAUGAGAAUAAUUUUAGUGCUGAUGGUCUUCAAAGUUUAACUAAUAACCUGUGCUACACAUAUGCCAGAUGCACCCGUUCUGUUUCUAUUGUGCCCCCAGCAUAUUAUGCACAUUUGGCUGCAUUCAGGGCUAGGUUCUACAUGGAGCCUGAGACCUCUGACAGUGGCUCAAUGACAAGCGGUGCUGUUUCUCGUGGAGGAGCUGGAGCUGCUGUAGGACGUAGUACCCGUGCUCCUGGAGCUAAUGCUGCUGUUAGACCCCUGCCUGCAUUGAAGGACAAUGUCAAGAAGGUCAUGUUCUACUGUUGAUAACAUUUGAAGUUGGCUGAAGAACUGAAGAAGAGUUGAGAUAACAUUUGAAGUUGGCUGAAGAAGAGUAUGAGAAACUUAUGUUUAGUUAUUUUGGAACUAUCUUGAGAUAUGAGAUAUUUUUGUUAUGUCUUUGGUUUUUAUUGUUAAGAGGUUUGUUUUGAACAAUUUUAUCGUUUUGUGACUCAUCUGUUGUGUCAUGAACAUGAUUUGAUACCAGAUGCAAACUAUGUUUGCUGUUGAAUUGAGACCAUGUUUCAAUAUAUUGACAGCGUUUGGAUUUAUUUUGAUGGAAUUGUUACUAUCGUUGUUAUUGUGUCCA